AAGAAAUAAAUUAAACAACUUUUUGGAAGUAUAUUCUUUUACAAAAAAUAUAUUUUAUUUUAUAUAAUAUUAGUAAUUUAUUGUAUAAUUAUAUUUAUAGAAAUUUAUACUUUUUACAGUAAAUAGCUAUUGUAUGAUUUUUAUAAAAAUAUAUAUUUUGUGAUGAUAUAUAUAUAAAUAAUUAUUAUAAUUUCUUUUCUCUUAAUAUUAAUAAAUUUUUGAAUUAAUUGAUUAAAAAAACAGAUUUUUUUCUUAUUCAAGAUAGUACUAUAUAUCUUUUAACAUAAAUAUAUUUUAGUUCACAGUUUAAUUUUAUUUGAUACCUAUUAGUUUUUGCUACAUGCAAAAGAUAAUUAUCUUAAUUUGAACAAAAAAUAAUAAUUAUCUUAGUGCCAAAUGUAUCAAUUCUAUUAAUGAGUAACUAAAUAAACAUGAUGGAUGUCAAAAAAAAAAAAAACUAAAUAAACAUGAUGAGAUUAAUAUUUCUUUCUUUUUCAUCGCCUAUAUUUCUUUCUUAUUUAUGUAGGAACUAGUUGUAUAUAAACACAACCUGAUGAAUGAAUGCAAAUCAUUAUAUAACUCCUUUAUAUAGGCUAGAUAAGCUACGUCAAUCCUAUUAUUUUGGUCAUAACGAUUUUGUUGUGUUGCUUGUUACUUCGAAUCCUUAAUUCUUGGGUUUUCCUCGUGAAGAUGUCGGAAGCCAAAAUUGAAGAGAUAAACUGUGAAGACAGGAUCAGUGCUUUGCCCGAAGAGUUGCUUGUGACGAUUUUGUUGCUUGUCCCGAUUAAAGAAGCAGUAGCCACCAUGAUUUUGUCCAAAAGGUGGCGCUAUAUAUGGAUGAUGUUGCCUAGCCUUGAUUACAAUGAAACCAAUGAUGUCAACCAAGCUCGUGAUUGGGGUGGUGAUGAUAAUGAUGAUGGUGAUGAUGAUCUUGAAAGCAAGAGCAUUUGGUGGUUUUUGGACAAGUCACUGAAACUUCACAAAGCACCUGUCUUAGAAAUAUUGCUUAUUAGUCUUGGUCGACGAUGUCCUAGUGAUGCUAAUGUCGGAAAUUGGGUUGAAAAGGCUGUUGAUCGCGGUGUGGUCGUGGUAAAAUUCAAGCUUCGCUGGUCCGCAGGUCCAACCACAUUGCCUAAGAGCCUUUACACCUGCGAAACACUCAAAGAAUUGACUCUAUCUAACAAGGUUCUUGUUGAUUUCCCUUCUUCUUCUUCCCCUUCGUGCCUUCCAUCACUUGAAAUACUUCAACUUUCCUGUGUGGUAUAUAAAGACGAGGAUACUUUCGCUAGGUUCUUAUCUAGUUGCCCUGUCCUUGGAAUAUUGAUCGUGAAAAGAAAGAAGAGUGACAAUCUGACAAACUUUAUUGUGAAAGUGCCUACUUUAUGGAUGUUAUGGUAUUAUAAUACAACAUGGCUGCUAGAUGACACUGAUGUAGUGGAUAGCGGUAGUUGUUUGGUUAUAGAUACUCCGGCAUUAAUAAAGUUUGACGUCACUGAUUAUUCAAGACACUCUUGGUCGAUCGGGAAUAUGCCUUGUCUUGAGGAGGCACAUAUUAGUGUCGACUGUUUAUCUCUUUUUGACAAGAUCAUAACAGCUUCUUCGGCGAUCUUGUCUCUUGUCUUGACUUUCGAAGAUGAAAUGCUUGUUCGUUGUAGCACCCUAAGAUUUUCUCGACUUCUUAGGUUAUCUGUAGAUCCAAGUAGAUCAAACUGCGUGGAACCACUCUUACUUUUACUUGGAAAUACUCCGAAACUUGAAGAACUUGUAGUUAAUAAUGAAUUUGCCUCUGAACCCAAGGAUGUCCCACUUUCAUGGAAUCAACCAAGUUCUAUUCCUGGAUGCUUGUCGUCACAUCUAAAAAUAUUUGAAUGGAGAUACUAUGGACACAGAGAAGAAGAGGAAGAAUUCUUGACAUACAUCCUAGCCAAUUCUAAGUGUUUAAAGACUGUGACAAUCUCCCUCAACCCCAUUUUAGAUCCUGAAUUAGAGGAAGAUUUUAUCAUCGGAAAAUUGAAAGAUAUUCCUAGGGUUUCAACAUCAUCUCAACUUUUGGUCAAUUGAAAAUUUAAUUCGAGUUAUCAUAUGUUUAGCUAUAAGAAGAACCUCUAAAUAUAAUGUGAACAACUUGCUAUUGCUAUAAUGUAAACAAAAUACAGUUUCUUGACAA